UAACUUGAGAACAACAACAACGGCACAACGCCUUAUUUCCUAGACUAGAGCACGUGAAUUCGGACUUUGCACUCAGUAUAUGCGGUCAUUGGUGUUGGUCCUGCCGCAGUCUUGGUUGACUGCCAAUUGCCUUUUCCAUUUAGUGCAUUACUCAGAAUAAUUUUAUGGCGCAUUGGAAGUAAUUGUCUGGUCUCCACUCCAAUCACGCACGAUCGAUGCCCAGUUUGUCCUCCAUAUCCUCAUCCAGGGUGUUGGCCUGACAACAGCAUUUGUAAAAUAAAUACAUCUUAAUUUUCCUGAAGGAGAGAAAAUAUUAAAACGGAAAUACCACGAAAAGUAUGAAUGCUUGCGUAAUGAUGAGCCCAUCUUAACUUAACUCACAAACCGACCUACUUACUGUGAAAUGUGCAUUGAGCUAGCCUACUGGCAGUCGUGUAUUUAAGUGAAAUGCCAUUUUUAAUCCAUACGGUUUCAUAGGAUGUUAGGUCCAUAAGACGGCUUCAACUCUUCUGGAAAGACUUUCCACAAGGUCUGCAAAUUUCUGACCAUUAUUGCAGAUUCAUAUUCGUGAGGUCACACAUUGAUGUUUGUCAAGAAGCCCUGGCUCUCAGUCUCCGCUAAAAUUUUCCCGAAAGGUAUUUUAUCAGGUUAAGGUCACAAUUCUGUUAAACCCGGCGAAGUUCAAGUAUUGUAAAACUCUCAUCCAAGACUUUAAGGACCUUUUUUUGUGCACUAUGUAAGAGGCACAUUCUAAAUGUAGCCAUGACAGUGCUUUGUCCAUGGUUGUUUGGAAACCUUUGAACUGAUUGAUGUGUCAUGUGUUGUUUUUACUCUAUUUAGUGUCACUUUUUGAUCAGGCCUUUAUUCUGUCGCUUCUUUGAAGUCGCAAACAUGCAAGACGAAAGGCACAGCAAGGGCGCAGUGGAAAAACAGCAAGUAACCGACUGAAUACAAACAGUGACAACAACCUCGUUACUUCAGCGGUGUGCUCUGGUUACGUCAACGGUUCACGCGGUCCCCUCAGAACGCAAAGACUGCAUUAAGAAUAAUCACCUCCCGAUUCCAAGGCCCUAAUUUAUCAAACAUCUGUAAGCCUAGAGCACUGGAGGGCGGAUCCCAGGAACAUUGCUGGAGGAAAGAUGGGGAAAUGAGCACCGCAUGAUUGACAUCUUAUAGUCUGAUUCUUGGGAGAAUAUUUAGAAAGCCAUUAUCAGAACACGGGGGAGUUCAUCGAUCGCACGUGAGGGAGCUGCCUAAGUGCUGCUGCUGCCGCUUUGAAAGAUGGAGAUUUUGGCUUUGCCUCCUACUAUGGCGACCACAUGGUGCUGCAGAAGUCUCCGGAGAGAGCGAUUUUGUGGGGUUACGGUAGCCCCGACGGUGCGCAGGUCACAGUCUCUGUGUCAGGACCAAUGAAAUACAAAAGCUCAACUGUCACAGUGGAGAAAGGCAUCUGGCGAGUCACCCUUGAUCCCGUGGAGGCCGGUGGUCCCUACAACGUGACAGCAGCUCUUCAGAACAGCUCCGCCAUGCUGACCGAUGUGCUGUUUGGGGACAUUUGGCUUUGCAGCGGCCAGAGCAACAUGUACUUUAAAACAUCUCAGAUUUUCAAUGCAACUGCGGAGCUCGCCCUAGCAUCCAAGUAUCCCCACGUGAGGACCAUUAUGGUAGCCUUAAAGAUGAGUAAAACUGAGCAAACGGAUUUGAUUGGAGUGAAUCUUCCAUGGUCUGUCCCAGAAGCAAGCGGUCUGUCAGAGUUCUCUGCACUGUGUUGGCUCUUUGGACGUUAUAUGUACGACAACCUGAAGUACCCGAUAGGACUGGUGGAAUCCUGUUGGGGCGGCACGCCCGUUGAAGCCUGGUCAUCUUCGAGAGCACUUCAGCAAUGCGGACUGUACCACAAUGAAAAAAGUUCACAAACAGACAACUCUGUCCUGUGGAAUGCAAUGAUACACCCUCUGCUCAACAUGACCCUCAAAGGAGCCCUCUGGUACCAAGGUGAACGAAACACUAAUUAUCAUCAAAACAAGUACAACUGUUCUUUCCCUGCCAUGAUUGAUGACUGGAGGAUGGCAUUUCACCUGGGCUCAGGUGGGGAGACUGCUGUGGACUUUCCCUUUGGAUUUGUCCAGCUAUCCACUAACAUCAAAGGCUCCACUGAUGACGGUUUUCCAAACAUCCGCUGGCACCAGACAGCCGACAAAGGCUUUGUUCCCAACUCUCGUCUGCAAAGGACCUUCAUGGCUGUGGCUAUGGAUUUACCUGAUGAGACUUCACCAUAUGGCACCAUCCACCCUCGUGACAAGCAGGAUGUAGCAUACAGACUGACACUCGGAGCACGAGCGGUGGCCUACAAUGAGAAAGACGUGGCCUUCCUUGGACCUUUCCCGAAACAAAUCCUGUCCGCUCCAAUGUACGUCAACAUCACCUACGACAAAGCUGUCGCUGUCAAGCCGUCUAAAGAUAUCUUUGAGGUUUGUUGCUCACAGUCACAGGUCACAUGUGGACCUGAGUCGCUGUGGGUUCCAGCUCCGAUCCUCCAGUGGGCUCCCACCACCAUCCAGAUCGCAAGCAGUCUAUGCGCAGCCUCCACUGAAGUAGCAGCUCUACGAUAUGCAUGGAGAGACUGGCCGUGUGAUUUUAAGGCGUGUCCCGUCUACGGCGCAAAUCCUGCCUUACCUGCCCCCCCUUUCAUUAUCAAUCUCUAUCAAACUAAUGACAUCAGAAAAGGUAACAACUACACGUUCAGGAAAGCUAACAUUUUUUCGUCAGUCUCUGUAAAUUAUUAGCUGAUGACGUGUAUCAUACUUUGAACGAAAUUUAUGGCCAUUUCUAAAGAAACACUGCCAAUAAUUGAU